ACACGUUAGUCGUCGUGCAGUUUAUCGUCCUGCUAAGAUCAGCUGAUUCUAACGGAACCUAAGCUGGAUUUGUUUGAAAUUGUGUCAGUAUAAUCUUAUAGAUAUAAUUUAACCGCAAUGGACAACCUAACGAAGUAUUCCUGCAUUGUCUUCGCGGUGGUGGUCGUCUGUUACUACAACUCGCUGCAUUGUGGGUUCGUGUUUGAUGACGCAUCGGCCGUCAAGACGAAUAAGGACUUGCGGCCGCAUACACCGCUACAGAAUCUGUUCUUCAAUGACUUCUGGGGAACACCCAUGAUGAAGGAGCAAAGCCACAAGUCAUAUCGGCCCCUGUGCGUGCUGACAUUCCGCCUCAACUAUGCUUUCUCAGAGCUUGAACCCAUGUCAUACCAUCUCGUCAACAUGAUUCUCCACGGAAUAGUCAGCAUCAUGUAUCUCAGAGUGAGCAUGCUGUUCCUGGAGGAAGUGCCUAGUUUCGUUGCUAGUUUACUCUUUGCUGUUCACCCAGUUCAUGUAGAGGCAGUAACUGGUGUGGUUGGCCGAGCCGAACUGUUGUCCUCUAUCUUUGGGCUUGGCGCGUUCCUAUGUUACGCACAGUGCAGUAAGGCAGGAGCUGGCCUAGAUUUGAAGAAGUUACUGAUCGCGUUUAUCUUGGUAACUAUGGCAACGCUUUGUAAAGAGACCGGCAUCACGAUCGUUGGCGUGUGCUGUGUUUAUGAAAUCUUCGUCGCUCAAAAGAAAAAUGCGCAGGAUGUUUUGGAUAUACUAAUGAAUUUUAUACGAGGGAAACCGUUUGUUCCACCAUGGUUACGAGAAGCGAUAAUACGUGGCAGCUUCCUGGUGUUCAGUACCAUGGGUCUAUUGAUAAUACGUCUCAGAGUCCAGGGGGUACAGCUUCCUCAGUUUACCAAUUUUGACAAUCCAGCCGCAGUGGCUGCGAGUCCAGCCCGGCAGCUCACAUUGAACUACUUGAUUCCUGUGAAUGCUUGGUUGCUUUUAUGCCCCUCUGCCCUGUGUGCCGACUGGUCGAUGGGAACCAUUCCACUUGUGAUGUCACUCCUUGAUGUCCGAAAUCUUGCCACCUUAGUGUUUUACAUGGUUUUGGGAAAGUUUGCCCUGUAUGCAGCUUUCUAUCGUGGAAAAAGAGCUCGUGCAUUAGUUAUGUCUCUUGCAUUCAUGGUGCUUCCAUUUAUCCCGGCUGCCAAUCUGUUCUUUGCCGUUGGCUUUGUGGUGGCCGAGAGGGUCCUCUACACGCCUAGUAUGGGAUUCUGCAUGUUGGUGGCGCUAGGCUUUCAAUUAUUAACUCGAGCUCGAGAUAGUGAGACAUUGAAGAAAUUUUUAUGGGGCGUAUUGGCCUUGCUGGUAUUUAUGCAUGGAUUAAAAACACAUGUCAGAAAUUUUGACUGGCAGUCAGAACUAUUACUCUUUAAGUCGGGAUUAAAAGUGAAUCGUCACAAUGCAAAGUUAUUCAACAAUGUUGGCCAUGCGCUAGAGGGUGACAAAAAGUGGGAUGAGGCUCUUGCUUAUUUCACAAAAGCUGCAGAGGUUCAGCCAGAUGAUGUUGGUGCUCAUAUCAACGUAGGAAGGACCUACAUGAAUCUCAAUAUGGACUCGGAUGCUGAGAAGGCAUACAGGAAGGCCCUGGCGCUCAUGCCAGCUCCUAAGAAGGGUGAAACCUAUACCACCCGAAUCAACCCAAACUAUCUGAAUGUCUACCUCAACAUGGGUAAUAUGCUUGCCAAGAAUGUGUCAAGGCUAGAAGAAGCAGAUACUUUAUACAAAAGAGCAAUCAGCAUGAGGGCUGAUUAUAUAGAAGCUUAUAUCAACAGAGGAGAUGUGCUUAUGAAGCUGAAUAGAACCAAAGAAGCACAACAAACAUAUGAGACAGCUUUGAAAUAUCAGGCAGAUAAUGCUGAUCUCUAUUAUAAUCUUGGUGUGGUCCUCUUAGAAAGGGGCGACCGCAUGGCAGCAUACCAACAGUUUGAGCUGGCUCUCAAACACGACCCGGAUCACAAACAAACAUUAUUCAACUCGGCAGUGCUGAUACAAGAGGCAGGCGAGCCAAAGCUCAGGCCACAGGCUUAUAAAAGGUUAAAACAACUUCUGAAGUUGGAUCCCGAUGAUGCCAAGAUCUACUUCAAUCUUGGUAUGUUGUAUACAGAUGACAAGAGGUUUGAAGAAGCUGUGACAUACUUCAAAAAAGCUAUUGAGCUUCAAGAAGACUUCCGUGGUGCUUUGUUCAAUCUUGCCUUGUUGCUGAGCAACGACUUGUCAAAACCACUAGAUGCUGUACCAUUCCUUCAACAGUUAUUAAAGUUCUACCCUAAUCAUACGAAGGGUUUGAUCCUGAUGGGUGAUAUCAACGUGAACCACCUCAAAGAUAUAGAUGCAGCUGAAACGAAUUUUAGAAAAAUAUUAGAAUAUGAUCCGUACGAUGUCCAGGCGAAUCAUAACUUAUGUGUCGUUUUCGUCGAGCGUGGGGAUCUCAUGCGAGCCGAGAAAUGCCUUGUUUAUGCACUCUCAUUGGCACCUCACGAAGACUACAUUAAAAAUCACUUAAAUACUGUGCGGAAUCGAAUAUAUCAUGCUCAAAAAGCCCACCAAGAGCAGCAGAGGAUGAAGGCACAAGAAGAUGCUCAACAGCAACAGAGCGCUGAUCAAAAUGGAAAUGGAAGGACGAAUGGUGCAAAAGUAGGGCAAGGAGAAACAUGAUCCAACUUCUGCUGUAGGGAAUUGCAAGUUUUUAACAUCUUUGGGACAAGUUUAUUCUAAAGAAAAGACAAUGUAAUCUAUGUAUGUAGGUUUUGAUUGAUUUUGGAUUUCACAUAUGUUUCCAACUUUGUACACUCUGUCAUCGGGAUGUUAAAAACUUGCAACAAGAAAAAAUGUGCAUUUUAUACCUGAGGUACCUUUGUCCUGGAGUGGAUUGGUCUUCUGCUGUGUGAAUACUGUGAAAAGGAUGAAUCUAUUCCAAGACAUGGGGGCCAAGGUUUGCCAAGAAGGGGCCAUAUAAUUUCAUUUCAAUUCUUGUAAAGCAUAAUACUGAGCCAUGUUUUUAAAAUGUGAUCAUGUGUCUUUGUCAUUAUAUGUGGUAGUGAUUAUUGUUGUGCACUAAGUGCGGUUGUUUUGUUGUUUAGAAGCCUGUAGCUUUGGGGAUUAGGUUUGCAAAUUUAGUUAAAAAGACUAGGAACUUCGAAGUCUGAGAGGUUGAAUUCUUUUUAAAAGGUACUGAACAAGUGUGUCAGUCAAGUUUGGGUUAUAAUUUCGUUUCUUAGGCACCUCAUUCCAAUCUCUGCAUUAACCCCUUUCUCUGUGUGGUGAAACUUAGCUUUUGGGGAGAUUUAGAUGGACUUUAGGUGAUGACGGCAGAAUCAGAAUACAGAUUUGUAGAAAAUAGCUUGUAUUCUGUAUUUAUAUAUAAAACGUAAUUCAACGGAGUGAGUUCGUAUUGGGACUUUCCAUGGUGUGAAGUGAGUUUGUGUGAAGUGUGUGUUGUGUUGCAUCUUUUUGUUCAAAUUAGAAAUAUUAUGUAUUUGGCGCCACACGAUAAGGGAAUGCUCUACAUCGCUGAAACAUUUAAUAUAUCCUCACUACUGGAAGCCAAGUUCAUGAAAUUGGGCAUUAUCAAUAAUAUAUAUGAGAAAAAACACACAAGGGAAGGAUGACCUUGAGAACAGUUGUAGUAAGUGUUGCCUGUUAUGCUAAUAAGACCAAAGUUUGUAAAUAGAAAUAUAUUGAUGGAGUAAAUUACUCUGGAAUUAUUAAGAUUGUAAAUAGAAUUUCACGAAUCUCAUUUGUAUUGCUAUGGAUACAGAUAUGUUAGCGCUCAGGUUAAAGGUUAUUGUAUGUUUUGUGCUACUGCUGUUGUCUUGUCAGUGAUGUUAGCCUUCGUAGUCGUAGCAGAGUGGUAACUUUUGGUAAUGAAAAGUUUAUAUCUCGCAUCCUAUGAAAGUACAUGUAAGAUGUAUCAGAUUUGUUUCUUAUCAAGCCAACAAACUAGUGUGACACUUAUUCAAAGGGAUUGAUACAGCUUAGCAGGCGUUUCUGUCCUGAUGGUUGCUCUAUCUGUUUCCAGUGUUCGAUUUUCUUCCAAAUCCUGCUUCCAGUUUUAAAAUAUCUUCAAGCAGUAUGGCAUAUCAAUAAAAUGCAAGCACGUGAAACAGACAAAGUUGGUCAAAAGUGCCUGUCUUCCUGAUUUCACUUGCUUGGGAAAGGGAAUUGUAAAUCUUAUGCUUAAGCUCAUGAUAUAAUGUGCUCAACUUGAAGUCAAUUCUGUUUGACUCGAUUAUUUUCCUCUCUUGUGGUGAUGUUAAGAGUUGUCAUUUUCUGUAGUCAGUAGUUAAAAUUUGGGGAAUUGAUUCUUGCCGCAACUCCACUACUCGUACAUUGUAAUCAUAGGCGAAAAUGGUUAAUUUUUGAGAACCUUUCAGAUUUAAAAUAAACUUGUGUAAUUCUUUCUUUUGCUUUGUAAUUAAGUGGUGCAAUAGUUCUAAGUGUUAUCAAGUAUGUAUACAUACUUGGUGUUAUACAUCCCUAUGGACCAAGAAUGAACUUUUCCAAUCAAUAGAGAAUGCAUAGAGUUGGGAUGUGUUCAGUUUGGUCCUCGGAGAGGACAGGUAUCAAGUGCUGAUGUAGAUUUAUAGAUGUUAGUCAUGCUAGGAAUUAAGAUAGAUGUGAUGAUGUGUCUGCCAUUCACGUUUACCAAUCAUAAGCAUAAUAAUAAUAAUGAAUGUCUAAAGCCAAUGGUACCCCCCAGAUUUGUAAAUUCGACUUCGGGCAAAAAGUGUUUGUAUUUGCCCAGUUGAGACAUAGGCCUGUUGGAGGCAUUGGGUCCCUGAACCAAGCCAUCGCCACUCUCUUCCUACAUACACCUGUAAGACGGGUCCCUCUGCCAUAUGUUUUACUUCCUCUGGACUACCCUUGGCUUUAGGCGGUUCUAGUGAUUAAUUGUAACUGAGCGUAAAUUCUUGCCGACAGAUGAUUGUGCCAUGUGUAGUGAUGUAUGCAUCGGUUGAUUCUUGAUCAACUGUGUGUUCUUCCACGUUUUCAGUAUUUAGAUAUGAUUUCAUUGUAAUGAACUGUGAUUUUUGAUGAGAAAGCAAACGAUAUACAGUGACGAGCGGAUUUCUUUGAGAACAUUGAACAUUUGAGGACACUAAUAUUAGACGUGAAAUGUCCUCAGAAAACUCCUGCAAUUAUACCCCUUUCCUUGGCUUCUCUAAUGCUGUCACAAUUUUUACUGGUCAGCAGUAACAUGCCUUGGCGCGUGCAACAGAUUCCUGUUCGUUAUCAGACAUAUGUUAUUCCAUUCCAUCCUGUGUAUUUUCAGGCAUUGUAGAUUCGAGUUCAAAAAUCCUGGUAAAUCUCGUGGCAUUGCGUCAUCAGAAAUACACAUUAGACAUCACUGUGUUGCACAGAAGGUGUGUUACUUUUGACUAGAACUGUUAUUUGAAGCUCGAUUUAUUUUAGAUAUCAGAUGACUUGGUCUCGAUCUAACAUCCUAGAUAUGACAAGCCUGUCAAAUAUACUUGAUGUCAUGAUUCGCUAUCUCUUUGAGACACCCUGUAUUUGAUGUAUUUGUGAGAGUAUUCUCAAAUAGAAGAUGAUUUAUAUUUAUUAUGGGUAUUGGAGACGAAGAAAACAUUAAAAUUAAAUUGAAGUAUUUUUAUACCAAAGUA